AAACGUACCACACUUUUAUGUCUCGCGUAAUAAUUUUAUAUAUCACGUAAAUAACAUUAUUCGUGAUGUAAAUCAAUGUUGUGUUUGGUUCAGAGGUAUGUUCGAUAUAUUUUCACCGCGGUUUCACUAUAAAAUAUUCUACCGCAAACUUUUUCGAUACAACAUUCGAUAAGCUUUCACAAUUUCUAAAUUUUUUUUGAUAGUUUACAUAGGUAAAGAGGUUGGGUUCUUUUUAUGGGACGGUAAAGAAAUUGGAUUUAAUUACAACUCAUGAUUAUAUUUAGUUAUUUACACUUAGUCAUAAUUAUCUUCUAAAAAUCCUUCCACCCUUACCUUAAAAAAAUAAAUAAUUGCCAACUUAUUUAAUCAAUUACAUAAAAGGGUAUUAAACCCCCAUAAAUUGGAUGCAGAUGAUGGGACAGAUGAUGAGAGGCUUUCUCUCCCUUUUCUCUCCGAAACCAAGGGUAGGGUUGCACAGUAAUUUUUCUUUUCACUCUUUCCCUUCCUUCCCCAACAGAGGAAAGUUUAUUGGUUCCCUCAUUUUCCAGCCUAACUUUCCCUUUCCUUUCUUUUCUCUCUUUCUAGAACAGAGUGUUAAAGUUUAAACUUUUUUAUAAAUAGAUGCAGAGCAUCUCAACCUUCAUUCAAAACCAGACGGGGUUCGGAAAGCCCCUGAAUAUCAUACAAAAGCCAGUAAACAAGAGUGGGGUCAUCAAUAGGAAAAGAACUGAAGCCCAACGACAAAUGAUGACCUCGACUAGCUAAAUAAUCGGCACACUUGUUGUUCUUUCUGUAGGCAUGGGAGAUGGAAACCUCCCAAUUUCUUCCAAUAAGCGCCUGGAAUCGGGCAACUACUGCUGAGUGCCUAUGAUCCUCGCGAUGGGGGCUCUGGAGAAUCUGAAGGGCACACCUUGAGUCAAGUUGAACUUUGACCCGGCGGAAGCCGAGAUCCCAGGCCAGCUGAAGUCCCUCUACAACGCCUCUCAACUCAGCUCGGGUAACAGAGCAAAUCCCGAGGUUCAUAGCGAACGCCGCAUGGCAGCGCCAAGUGUGAUAUCUAAUCAGGACACCAGCAGCCGCGUGACCUGACUCAGAAGUGACGGAACCGUCAGAGUUGAGAGUAACCUACUCGGAAGGAGGCGGCAUCCAAGAGAUCAUCUCCUCCGUUCUAGCAGGUGGACUCGGAUGGUGAACUGCCUUGUCCCUGUCCAUUGCAUUCUGCACUACAUUAACCCAUACCUGGACGCGAUGCAGAAAGACUUCAGCUGAAACGACCUUGCCUGCGAAGACGUGGUCAUUCCUGGUCCGCCAAAGGGACCAACAAGUGAUUCCUGCACUACAUUAAACCCUAUAAAAAGGAGAAUAUUGGAUUCCUCGUACGUAACAUUGUGCUGACGAUGGGCGGCCGAGGUCGAAAGAAGAAUCGGGCGGCCGACAGGAAGAAUUUGCCGGUGGCGCCGCCGAGGGAAGAUCAGAAUUGUUUCACCGAGCCGAGGGUUGUUGAAGAUCAGAAUCGUUUCCCCCCAAAAAAGAAAAUUGACGAUCAGAAUUGGAGAGGUAAGAACCUUUACCUGAGGUGUGUGGACAGUUGUCGGAUUUGGGGGAUUCAGGCUUUUAGGGUUCUCGAUGAAAACCAGGUCUUCGAAAAAUUGGUCGAUGAGUACGGCGAGUUCGAAUUUCUGUCGCCAACUGUUGUUUGCAAUUGGGAUUACCUCAAGCAAGACUUCCCACUCAGAAAUGGGUGUCUUCAACUUUGCCGGCAAAGCGUACAUGGUCGGCGGAGAGACUACAGGGGGAUUAGAUCAUGAUUUCCUUUCUGAAAAUUGGGUUACUUGGGAGAAUGGGGUAGAAGAACCCAGUGACAGAGUCUAUGAAUUCCCCAAUCCUCCGAAUGGAACCCUCGAUAAGCUCCCUGAUUCUCUUCGUUUGCCCAGCCCUAUGCGGUCUCCGAUAGUUGCAAAGAUCAAUGGCAGAGUAUACCUCCUCCACGGAGAUCAUUGCUACAUGAAGCCGGCAUUGCCGAGCGAUCCCAGCAACUGCUUCGUGGUUUUGGACCAAAAAGGAUGAUGGCAGCAGGCCUAUUGAUCAGUGUCGUUGGAGGUCACUUCCUACACCUCCCUUCUACCAGAAAGACUAUCAUAUAUAUUGCUUUGGUGGGUUCUGUAAGUUCAAGCUGGGUGUCAUUGGCCACAAGCUUUAUGUGUCUGUAGGCCGGGACGAAUAUUCCUUUGAUGCUGACACUGAAGAGUGGGAACUGGGGUGGUCUGGAUUUCCAAGAGGCGCUGAAACCUUGUCGUCUGUGUUGAACGUUGGCAGCCCGCUGCUGCCACCAAACGACUGUUUCUUCGUCGUGUUUGCUGAUGUCUCGUCGGAGUUUGUGAGUGAGUUGGGUGUCUUUGUUGCACAAGCAGAGAGUACCUGAAGCGUACGAUGUUCGUCUUCCUGUCUCUACUUACCAAGUGAUUGAACUGCAAGAGAAGGAUGGUGACCGCCUGUCGAGCAGCACGGUGUGUUUCGUGUACACCACGUGGAAUCAUCUCGUCGGGCUUGCAGUUAUGAGAUUCUCUUUGGCAGCAUCAUCAUCAUUGGCAACUGCUGCUAUUGGCUUGAAUGUUGAAGUUCUGGAAAAGCGCCUGUAUAAAAAUUCAGAACCUAGCUUCUACCCUGCCAUUUUUCAUGCCUUCUUCCUCUAGGGUAACCUUUUUGUCCGUCAAGCUCCCUCCUCCUCCUCCUCCAGCUUUCUUCUAAUUGCUUGUUGUGCUUGAUUUGUUGUUGUUUAAUUCUCUGGCAAAUUUGGAUGAAUCUGCUAUCUGAGCCGAUCAAUUUAUCAAUUUGGUUGUUGCGACUUGCGAGUGCUCUGUCUAUGGAGGAAUUAUUGCAUGAUUAGUUGUUUCUUUAUGGAUCAUAAGAAACCAUGCGAGUCUUUUUAUUUUAUUUUUAUUGAAAUCAACAAUUCUAAGCGAGGCGUGAAUUUGACCGGUCCUUUUCUUCUUCUCGGUCUAAUUGACAGUGGGACUCGGAGAGUAAGAAGACAAAUCCGUUUCUUGUAUUCUAGCCCGGAAAAGUGCACUCUUUUAUAGGGUGGUUUAGCUUUACAAAGUAAUCAGCUUUUUGUUUGAGUGAAAGCGUGAAUGAACAGAACAAUCUUCCAUUGCAUUAUUAUCAUCAGUUACUUUACCCAGAUAUCUUCAAUGAAGGUGACACUGCUAUCUGCCCACACGUGACGAACGUUCCCCCAAGUUCUUUUUACCUAUCCUAUCAACCGUCCACCUCCACCUCCAACAACAACAACAACAACAACUCUGUUUUUCUUCUCAACGAUUUUCCCGUGGAAGAAAACCGGGGUUUCUGAUCUUUGGUGGGAUUUUGUUCCCUUUUCUCUGCUUGCUUGGGGUCCGAUUCACCUACGAUCAUCUUCUGCAGCUCGAGCCGUUCAUUUUGGUUUGUGGGUAAGUUUCCUCUUGACAAAAAUCUUAUCUUUUCUCUAUUUUUUUGCAGGCUUGUUUUCCUUUUUGGUUUCUGCAGUGCACAUGGUGUUGCUUUAUAGUCGGCUGUACAUUCAUUGUGUCAUUGUUAAUGGAACGAGCUGCCAAUUCGUGUAUGAUGAUUGAUCAUUGGCGAAGCCGAUGGCCUUUUUCCAGAUCUAAUCAUUUGGGGUUUUGACUUGUGGUGUUUUCAUUUCUCUGAUCAUUAUGAUUUUUUGGAGAUCUGCUGCAGAAAGGGGUUUUCCAUUUUGGGCAUUUUUUGUUCUGAUCAUCUUACAAUUAAAUGGGUAAAGAAUCA